CACACACACACUCCCAUUUGCACACUCGCAUAGGCGCGCACGCGGAACCCGAUGCCGGGGUGAGUCACCGGCAGGUCAGGACCGCUUGGGGAAAGGGGCGGAGGGAGCCCUAGGACUGACGAUUUGCUUGCUGGAGCUUCUACAGCGCCGCGGACACCAGGCACCUAGGAGGGGAGGAGCGUUUGCUGGCUCGCUCGGUGCCAAGGCUGCCAGGUGACCCGGGAGGGCCGCUCACCUCCUCUCCCGCCGUACCCCCCUCCCCUCCGCACCGCCCGGAGCGCCUUUGUGUCCAGAUGCAGCGGAGACCAGCUUGACUGAGGAAUCCAGAUGCGGGACGACAGCUGAACAGCUGCGAAAGGAGGGGGGGAGGGGACAGGGCGAACGCCUGCGGGUGGUCUUUUACCCCCUGAGCUGCUUCUCCGUGCGGACGCUGGCACCUCCAGAUAAAACAUCUCAAAAUGAAGCCUACUGCUGUGCUUAUACCUGGGAUUACAAUGUUACUGCUUGCCUUCGUGCCGAAUUGCAAAGCAGAGUGUAAGGAAGCCCUAGUCAAGUCUGAAAUGGAUGUUAAUAGGAAGUAUCCACUUCCUAACUUCAUUGCAGAAAGCCCGAUCCAGAACAUCGUUUUUCACAAUCACCACAUCUUUCUGGGUGCAAUCAACAAGAUUUAUGUCUUAAAUGAAGAUCUUCAUAAUGUUUCUGAGUAUAAGACGGGACCUGUGCUGGAACACCCUGAUUGUUCUCCGUGUCAGGAUUGCAGUCACAAAGCCAACUUAUCAGGUAGUGUUUGGAAGGAUAAUGUCAAUAAAGCCUUGCUUAUUGAUACCUACUAUGAUGACCAGCUCAUUAGUUGUGGCAGUGUCAAUCGAGGGACCUGCCAGCGCCAUGUGUUUCAACCCAAUAAUGCUGCUGACAUACAGUCACAAGUUUAUUGCAUAUAUUCCCCACAGAUGGAUGAGGAGUCCCUCCAAUGUCCUGACUGUGUGGUAAGCACUUUAGGGACCAAAGUUCUACUGACAGAAAAAGACCGAUUUAUAAACUUCUUUGUGGGCAAUACCAUAAAUUCUUCUUACGCUGAUCAUUCCUUGCAUUCAAUAUCUGUUAGGAGGCUAAAGGAAACACAAGAUGGUUUUAAAUUUUUGACUGAUCAAUCCUAUAUUGAUGUUCUACCUGAAUUCCAAGAUUCUUACCCUAUUAAAUAUAUACAUGCCUUUGAAAGCAGUGACUUCAUUUAUUUUCUGACUGUACAAAGAGAAACUCUCGAAUCUCAGACUUUUCACACACGAAUAAUCAGGUUCUGUUCCAUUGAUUCUGGAUUGCAUUCAUACAUGGAAAUGCCUCUUGAAUGUAUUCUUACUGAGAAGAGGAGAAAGAGGUCACCAAGGGAAGAAGUAUUUAAUGUUCUACAAGCUGCAUAUGUGAGUAAGCCUGGUGCACAUCUAGCUAGGCAAAUAGGUGUUGGACCCAAUGAUGACAUUAUCUUUGGAGUAUUUGCACAAAGUAAACCAGACUCUUCAGAACCAAUCAAGAGAUCAGCAGUCUGCGCAUUCCCAAUCAAAUUUGUCAAUGAUUUCUUCAACAGAAUUGUGAACAAAAAUAAUGUGAGAUGUCUUCAGCAAUUUUAUGGGAACAAUCACAAGCACUGCUUUAAUAGGACAUUUUUAAGAAACUCAUCAGGUUGUGAAGCAAGAGAUGAUGAAUAUAGGACAGAAUUUACUACAGGCUUGCAACGUAUCGAUUUAUUCACUGGACAAUUCAAGCAAGUUCUUUUAACAUCAAUAUCUACUUUUAUCAAGGAAGACCUAACCAUUGCAAACCUUGGAACAUCAGAUGGUCGAUUUAUGCAGGUUGUGGUUUCUCGGGGACAAUCAACCCCUCAUGUGAAUUUUCAAUUGGAUUCCCAUCCCGUUUCCCCAGAAGUGAUUGUUGAGCAUCCACUAAAUACAGAUGGCUUCACACUAGUUAUUACUGGGAAGAAGAUAACUAAGAUCCCAUUGAAUGGCCUAGGUUGUGACCAUUUUAAGUCCUGCAGCCAAUGUCUCUCAGCUCCUCCUUUUGUGCAGUGUACCUGGUGUCAUAAUCAAUGUGUGAAAUCUAAAGAAUGUGUCACUGAGCUAGGGAACCAAGAUAUUUGUCUGCCUACUAUUUAUGAGAUUCUCCCAACUAAUGCACCCCUAGAGGGAGGCACAACAUUGACCGUGUGUGGCUGGGAUUUUGGAUUAAGAAAAAAUAAUAAAUUUGAUUUUAGAAAAACCAAAGUUUUCAUUGGAAAUGAGAGUUGCAUACUGAAUACAAGUGAGAGCACUACAAAUAAGUUGAAAUGUACUGUUGGUCCUGCUAUGAACCUGCAUUUCAAUGUAUCCAUCAUUAUUUCAAAUGGUCGAGAAACAACAAAAUUUAAUUCCUUCUCUUAUGUGGAUCCUGUAAUAACAAAUAUUUCUCCAAGCUAUGGCCCCAAGGCUGGUGGUACAUUACUCACUUUAACUGGGAAAUAUCUAAACAGUGGAAAUUCUAGACGUAUUUCAAUCGGUGGAAAGCCAUGUAUUUUAAAAAGUGUGUCUCAUAGCCUUCUAGAAUGUUAUACUCCUGCACAAACCAUUCCAAGUGAGUACCCCAUUAAAAUGAAAAUUGACUUAGCCAAUCGAGAAGCCUACAGUUUUACAUACAAAGAGGACCCUAUUGUUCAUGAAAUCCAUCCAACCAAAUCUUUUCUUAGUGGAGGAAGCACAAUAACAGGUUUUGGAAAAAACCUGAAUUCUGCUAGCGUACCCAAGAUGGUAAUAAAUGUCCCUGAAGUAGGAAGGAACUUCACAGUGGCAUGUAAGCAUCGCUCUAAUUCAGAGAUAAUCUGUUGUUCGACUCCUUCCUUACAACAGCUAAAUCUGCAACCCCCCCUGGAAACAAAAGCUCUUUUCAUAUUUGAUGGUAUCCAUUCCACUUACUUUGAUCUCAUUUAUGUCCAUAAUCCUGUAUUUAAGCCUUUUGAAAAGCCAGUGAUGAUCUCAAUGGGCAACGAAAAUGUACUAGAAAUUAAGGGAAAUGAUAUUGACCCCGAGGCAGUAAAAGGUGAAGUGUUAAAAGUAGGAAAUAAAAGCUGUGAGAAUAUCCGCUUGCACUCUGAAACAGUCUUAUGUACAGUCCCCAGUGACCUGCUGAAACUGAACAGCGAGCUAAAUAUAGAGUGGACGCAAGCAGUUUCUUCUACUGUGCUUGGAAAAGUGAUAGUACAACCAGAUCAGAAUUUCACAGGACUCAUUGUUGGAGUCGUCUUGAUAUCAUUGUUGCUCUUGUUAUUACUGGGGCUUUUUCUGUGGCUGAAAAAGAGGAAGCAGAUUAAAGAUCUGGGCAGCGACUUAGUUCGCUAUGAUGCAAGAGUACACACUCCUCACUUGGAUAGGCUUGUAAGUGCCCGAAGUGUGAGCCCUACCACAGAAAUGGUUUCAAAUGAAUCUGUAGACUACAGAGCAACUUUUCCAGAAGAUCAGUUUCCAAAUUCUUCUCAGAAUGGAUCCUGCAGACAAGCUCAUUAUCCUCUGACAGAUUUGUCCCCCAUCCUAACCAGUGCAGAUUCAGAUAUAUCCAGUCCGCUGCUUCAGAAUCAUGUCCACAUUGAUAUCAGCGCUUUAAAUCCAGACCUGGUCCAAGCCGUUCAACAUGUGGUUAUUGGGCCAAACAGCCUGAUUGUGCAUUUCAAUGAAAUCAUAGGAAGAGGGCAUUUUGGAUGUGUAUAUCAUGGGACCUUAUUGGAUAAUGAUGACAAGAAGAUUCAUUGUGCUGUGAAGUCCUUGAAUAGAAUUACUGACAUAGGGGAGGUUUCCCAAUUUCUGACUGAAGGGAUCAUCAUGAAAGAUUUUAGUCAUCCCAAUGUCCUCUCACUUUUGGGAAUCUGCCUUCGUAGUGAAGGGUCUCCAUUGGUGGUCCUGCCAUACAUGAAACAUGGAGAUCUUCGAAACUUCAUAAGAAAUGAGACUCAUAACCCAACAGUGAAAGAUCUUAUUGGUUUUGGUCUUCAAGUAGCGAAAGGCAUGAAAUACCUUGCAAGCAAAAAGUUUGUCCACAGAGACUUGGCUGCAAGAAAUUGUAUGCUGGAUGAAAAAUUCACUGUCAAGGUUGCUGAUUUUGGGCUUGCCAGAGAUAUGUAUGAUAAAGAAUAUUACAGUGUACACAAUAAAACAGGAGCAAAACUGCCAGUGAAAUGGAUGGCUUUAGAAAGCUUGCAAACUCAGAAGUUUACUACAAAGUCAGAUGUGUGGUCUUUUGGAGUGCUUCUCUGGGAACUAAUGACUAGAGGAGCACCUCCUUAUCCUGAUGUUAAUACCUUUGAUAUAACAGUUUAUUUAUUGCAAGGUCGAAGGCUUUUGCAACCUGAAUAUUGCCCAGAUCCACUGUAUGAAGUUAUGCUAAAAUGCUGGCACCCAAAAGCUGAAAUGCGUCCCUCUUUCUCUGAACUGGUCUCAAAGAUAUCAGUCAUAUUCUCUACAUUUAUUGGAGAGCAUUAUGUUCACGUGAAUGCAACCUAUGUCAAUGUAAAAUGUGUUGCUCCCUAUCCUUCCCUUUUGUCAUCCCAAGACAACGUUGACAGGGAGGUGGACACCUGACAGGUUGUCCCCAUAGUUCUCUGUGUAUGAGAAAGCUACCAUAGUGGUAGUUUAAACAAAAGCAGAUGUUCUAUCCACUGUUGUUUUUUUUUAUCACUGCCUUGGGGAAAACACCAUCAUUUGCUUGUUGUUUUUGCCCAAAAUUGCACUAUUAUAAGGAUUUUAUAUUGUGUUAUUUAAAUCCAUGCAAUUCUAAGGAAUUUUCUAACUCAUCAAAUUAUCUGGACCAACUGCUGCUGCCUGGGAUUGAAACUUGUGUGACAUUUGGGACAUAAACUCUGAUCCAUUAAGUUAAAGUGUAUAUAGUUGACAGAGAAUCACUGCUCGGCUUGGCUUUAAAUUGCUGGUUACAUUAUCAGAAUUGAAGUGACAAAUUUUGAAUGUUUAAUGGACCAUAGUCAAUUCAGAAGAGGAACUGUCUUUGUGACAUAGAGACAAACAUAGAGACUACACUACCUAUUUAGAAGUCCAGUAUUUCAAAGGAUGUCUUUUCAUGUUGUAUAGGUUCUAGAAUUUUUUCAUUCUUAAUCUUGACAAUUUUGCCCAUUAGGCAAAAGGAUUCCUUAAAGGACUAUUGAGCAAAUUCCCUUUCUUAGGGAAGGAUUAUAUAUAAUGUCAAAAUUUCAAAACAGCAUGACAAAGAAUGCUUUUAUAAAUUCAUAAUGGUGUUUGCAUAUUGUAUAUAGACAACUUUUAGAUUAUUUUCCUAAAUAAAAUAGUCCUAAUGACAUAUUCAGUUGUCAUUUAGACAUCCAUCUCUCAAAAAAAUGAUACUGUUAAAAUGUGACUUAAUUGAUUUGAACAUUUUGGAUGUGACUAUUCUGUGGGAGUAAAAACGUAAAUUGUAAUGAUAAACAUUUCCAGAAACAAAUCAGUAUGUAUCCUGAACAGAACAAGUCUGACUGAAAUUUUUGGUAAUUCUGCUGUGCUGUGACCCUUAUUUAUGGCAAUUCCUAGGAAUCAGUAACCUAGAAACUUUAGUCCCUGAUGUCCAGGCGGCUUGCUCUCCAUGACAUCACCAAAUAGUGACACAAGAACAUCCAUUCAUUUGGUCCAGUUCUGCCACUGUGCAUGUAGAUUUACCCAAAUUAUGAUCAGAAAAGUACAUUUAAGAAUCAUAUUCCUAAAGUUCUGACCAGUUAGAAUGGAAUCCAGUAGCUCUAGAAUGAACCCUUGUGGUGUUUUGUUCUGUGGAAUCUUGUGCCUACUACUGUAUAGUGCAUGUGGUAUAGAAUGGUUUUGUCCAUGUAAACAUAAAAUAUUAUAUUUUUAUAAAAAUGUUUAUUUUUAACGACAUACACAAUGUUUUGUUAGGCCACAAAAUACUGCACUGUGAACAUUUCAGAAAAGGUAUGUCAGACUUGGAUUUAUACCUUGGGGUGAUUUUUUUUUUUAAUGACUGUAAAUAAUGAUAAGAAAAUGCACUGAUUGCCAGUACACCCCACCCUCAUGACAUCACCUUCACUUGAGGCCAAGGGUUAGUUAGCAUAGCAAACUAGAAUGGAGUACAUGUUACACUGAAACUAAUGAACAGUUUUACUGUUCUUGCAAGAAUUAUUAUAAUGCAAAGUUCUUUGAUGAGGGUAGUGGUCAUCAUCAGGUCCUCUGUAGUGCAGACAUCUUUCACUUCAGAGGUAAGUAUUAUAUUUUAUAUAAUGUGGAUUCAGUGAGUGUCUACAAAUUGAGAAUGACUCUCUGACAGGAAUAUAUCAUCUCUAUCCAUUUCUUGGCUACAAAAGUACUUGGGACAUAAAGAACUUGUGAGAGUGAAACCCAUUGACAAGGACCGUACACCUGUAUAUACAUGCUCAUAAAAAUUACAAUGUGAAAAUCAUGUUUACUAUUUAUGAACUCUUCCUUUAAUAAAGUUAACAUUGUAUUUGGGACAGCCUAUAAGAUUAAGUGAUUCUUGUAAGAAUCUGAUACUUGUCCAUGCAUUUAUACCUGCAGCCGAUCUGAAUGGUACUUUGUAUGUUUAUAAUUGUUGUUCUGAUAUAAUCAUAGGAGUCAAAUAAAGAGAUUAACAUCCUG